AUGGUUGCUUUUCUCCAGGAUUAUCCAUGGAUCAACAAACCGAUUCUCGAAAGAAUACGUGGACAGGGCACAAAAAUGGCGCGCGAAUAUGUUAUCUCGUCGACUUGGACUAUCAACAGCCAACAAAAGAACCAGCCCGACCCUGAGGGUAACAAGAGAAAGCUCGCCCCCCCAAAAAUGACCUGGUGUUAUUUAGAGGACUUCGAAAGCUUGAUGAAAGAGCACAUCCAGAAAGAAUGGGAACCAAAUGUAUCCCUCGUAAAAUUUCGACAAGGCAGGUUCAACUGGCAAAUCACACGCGAUUACCCAUCGGAAGCUUCUCGAGCUGUUAAUCGAAGUCAACCGGUUGCAACACCGAAACUCAGUUAUAGAACUGAUCAACCCAGACCAGCACCAGAGAGGUAUGUUCCACCAAUCGUGCCGGCAAGGAAGCUGGAUGGAAAAAUUGAGCUGGACAAGACAAGAACCAACUUGGAUAUUAUCCAUACGUGGAAGGAGGGAAAAAGACUCGAAGGCUACCUUUUGGCAUUAUCAUACUUUCAAUAA